AUGUUAACUAAAAUAUUGAUUCCUAAACAAUAUAUCAUAGUUGCGGAAAAAAAUUCAUUCUAAUCAAGCAUUAAGAUCAAUUACUUUACUUCUAAACGACAUCUAUUCAUAAAAAGCAAUUAAUAAACAAGUUUAAAUUAUAAUAGUCAAUAUGGUUUUUGGAAGUUUUCUUCAGAUUAAAAUAGUUAGCAAGAUAGAUCUACUUAACAUACCUAAACUAAUUAAGAGUUGCGAAAAGCAUCAAAUCCUGAUAACAAUAUUUAAGAAAUGUCAUUUUUCAAUUAUUUUAAGAAAAUGUAAAAAAAUAAUGAAGAAUAAUAGAAAAAUGUAAAAAAUAGAAAUUAUUUUGAACAAAUGAAGAAUUCUUAAUUAAAAUUUUUGUUUUAAGAAUAAGUUUCUAAAUUAAAGGAUGUUGGAAAAGCAUCAUAUAAAUAUUUUUUAAUAGGAAUAUUUGUUUUAGGAUUUGCAUAUUCAAUACCAAAAUCGAUAUCAACCUUUCUGGCCACAAAAAUGGCUAUUUCUGCUCAAUUAUCUAUUGAAAACCUAAAGAAAGAGAAUGAAUUGUUAAAAAGCAAAUUAGAAUAUGUGAAAAAUAAAAUAGAAGCUUAAAAUUUAAACUAAAAUGAAUAGAAAUAGGACAAUAAAUAUUGA